GUGGUUUUAGCUUAUUACCUCCACGCGUGGUGUGCAUUAUUUAGUCAGAAUAUAAAGCCUCUCGCUUUGCCUAUUCGGCCCGAUACACUGAAGAAACACGAUGAAGAUGCAGUCGCUGUCGGUGUUGAUGUUGAUGUGUGUCUUGAUGUUCACUGCCGUUACGGAUGCUGGUGCUAGUCGAGGACAAAUACGAAAAAUAUUGGGGCCUGUGAUUUUCCGACAUAUUGUUUGCUACUCAUGUGGUGCACAUUUCGGAAUAACGAAAGGGUGGUGUGAUUAUGAGUUGAAGGCACGCCUGGCAAAGACCUGUGAACAAGCCGGGCUUGGAUGCUCCUACAGAAAUAUGAAGAGAAAGAAACUUGGCAGGGUUAAGUACCAGAAGAACCCUAAACCUUGGUGUAAACACAACUGGGUCAGAAAAUAUUUCUAGAAAUAAAAGCUCAUUGAUGU